AUGGCCCCCUCGGCCGUCCCACCAACCACAGCCUCAACCCCCACCAAACCUGUGACUCCCACCGAUGCCUCCCACCAAAUCCCCGCCUGGGUCCAACCCGACCUCACCCGGCUCCUCCGCGUAGAACACAACCCAGGCUCCUUCACCAGCCGCUCCCUCUCCCUCGUUACCCUCCCCCCCGGCGCCCUCUUCGCCCGCAUCACCAACCCAACCCCGACCACCACGGCCGCCUACUCCUCCGUGCAAGCCUCACGGAACCUGCACAUUGAGCUAAACUGCGACUUGCUCUACGUCAACCACAGCUGCGCGCCCAGUCUCGUCUUCGACAUGGAGAAGUGGGAGGUAAGGGUUAGUGAGCGCGAAGGGGGGUUGAAGGAAGGGGAUGAACUCACGUUUUUUUAUCCGAGUACCGAGUGGAGCAUGGCGCAGCCGUUUGAGUGUAAGUGUGGGGAGGAGGGGUGUCUUGGGGUGAUUAGGGGGGCGGGAGAGAUGGAGGAGGCGGGGUUGAGGGGUUUUUGGUUGAGUAGGCAUGUGGAGGAGAUGUUGGAGGAGAGGAGGGCGCAAAAGUGA